CCCCCCCCCCCCCCUUCUCUUCCCUGGAGAAGAAAUCCGUUCAUCUCCUCUGCCCUGCUGCGUCCUUUGGUUGUUGUGUGAGCAGCAGCUAGCACCUCUGCAGCUGCAAAGCUUCUCCAGUGCUCAAUAAUCAGAAAUGGAAAUACCGACACCUGAGCUAUCAUCACAAUUUCUGAAGGAAAUCACUAAUGAGUUCUCUGAUGAGCGAAAAGUUGGUGAAGGUGCAUUUGGAAUAGUGUAUAAGGGAAUGCUUAAAGAUGGGACAGAAAUUGCUGCGAAGAAGCUUCGGGAAACAUCACCGAUUCAUGACAAUCAAUUUAAAAAUGAGGUUGGGAGUCUUAUGAAGGUCAACCACAGAAAUAUAGUCAAGUUAAUUGGCUACUGUUAUGAAAUACAAAAGAAGGUGGUGGAGCAUAAUGGAAAAUAUAUUCUUACAGAGGCAGUAGAAAAACUGCUGUGCUAUGAAUAUAUAUCUAAUGGAAGCCUUGACAAACACCUUUUCGGUGAAUCAAGUCGACUUGAUUGGCACACACGCUUCAAUAUAAUUAAGGGGGUUUGUGAGGGUUUGCAUUUCCUACACAAAGGAUCAGAAAGACCUAUUAUUCAUUUGGAUAUUAAACCUAGCAACAUACUAUUGGAUGACAACAUGGUGCCAAAAAUUGCAGAUUUUGGUCUAUCAAGGCUCUUGGGUGAAGAACAAACCAGAGUUUGCACACAAAAUGUCAUGGGAGCAAUAGGAUACAUGGCACCGGAAUAUUUAUAUCGAGGUGAAAUCUCCACUCAAUCAGAUAUAUACAGUUUAGGUCUUCUAAUUAUCGAGAUCACAACAGGGGAGAAAAACUUCCCCAAUAGAGAGGACAUCAUUGCUAAGAACUUCAUUGAGAAUGUACGCCGAAAUCGGACCAAUAUUGUGCAUAUAUCACUGAAGUACCCAUCGUUAGACACAAAUUGCCUCCAGCAGGUAAAGACAUGCAUUGAAAUUGGACUGAGCUGUGUUCAGACCAACCGGAAGGACAGGCCUUCUAUAGGGGAAAUUGUCAAUAUGCUCAGUUGAGGAGCACCAUACUCCCUUGUAGACAAGAUCUCUCCCUUUCCAACAUGGUCGUCAGUUUGGGAGAGGCACUGGAGCAACCGAGAUGUAUGAGCCUUAUCAUUUAUGCUUCUUAGCUACAAGAAAUAAGAUCCUAUGAAAGAGAUUCUCAUCUCGAAAUAAAUGUUCUUACAGAUUCCAUCUCCUUUUGUACUUGUAAUCAUGAUAUAACAAAAUAUUGGAGAAAACAUUGUUUCCACUCUCCAAUCAUGUGUUCGACACAGAAAAUUAUAAGUUUUAUUCAAUUCCUCUUUGAUGAUACAA